AUGUGCGCAUCUGCGCCAAAACCAGCGGUAGGCGCACCAAAGUCGAUCGGGUCACCCGCUGGUGCAAAGAAGUUUACAUACGCAGAGAGACGGACUGCCGCCCAAACCCUGCGCUCGCAUGCCAGAAACAAUGUCGCCACGCCUUCGCCCGAAUGGCUUAAGAAGGUAGAGUGGGCAAGGACGGUGUUUCCCAACUAUGGGCAGGAGAAGCCCCAACAAGAAGGUGCUCAGGCGAAGAGGCAACGCUCCAUAGAGCUGCCCGGUCCGUCGGCGAAGAGAUCGAAGAUCCAGCCGUCGGUCUCCUUUGCCGAGAUCACCAAAGAUCGGGUAAUACUUGGACUUAUAGAUAGGGGAAAUCCGGAGAACAGGAUCCCCAGAAAUAAAUGGAUGGCGGUUGAGUCCAAGCUGUCUCUCAUUUGCCUGCGUAUGGUACGCGAGAAGCCCGGUUCAGCGCCUUGCUGUAUGGACGCGGGCUGGUACCAGGGCAGCGUAAAAGUGGUGGCCUGCGAUAAUCAGCGAUCAGCUGACCUAUAUAAACAGGCGGUAGCUCAGCUCGGAGCAGUCUACGUAGGGGCGAACAUAGUCGCACUAGAUUGGUGUGACGUCCCCAGUAGACCGCGAGCCAGAAUUUGGCUCCCAGCAGCAAUCGCAUCACCGGAAAACAUCCUCUAUAUGUUGCAAGAAUGCAACCCACAUCUCCUCACAAAAGACUGGAAAGUCGUUAAGGUGGAGGAGCACGUAGGUGACGUCAACCAAGCGAUCGUGGUGCUGAAUAAGGAGUCGGUCGCUCUCAUAGAGGCUGCUCGGGAAACGCUCAACUAUGGGUUCAGUGCCAUACAUAUCAAGAUAUAUAAAGGGGACUCUAAUUCCUCGGGAAGUCCUGCCGGCAACCCAGCUGAGCAGGUGCUUGCGGAGGAAGUGGAGGCCCCUGGUGUGCCGGAGGACGGUUAUUCAACCGACUCGUCGCUGAGCAGAGAGAUGCGAGCGAUGGGACCGGCAAUCGACGAAGUGGACCUGAGCGAUUCGGAGGCCGACGUUAUUGUGGUGGAGGUUGCAGCUGGGGAUGUCGCUAAAACUCCUGCAGAUCAACCUACAUCACAGUAA